AUGGCUUGUGUCGAUGCCGAUGGAUUAUUUACGACGAUAGAUGUUGGUGAAGUUGGAAGAAAUAGUGAUGGUGCUGUAUUUCGAACUUCAAAUCUUGGACGUGCUUUAAAUUUAGACAUAUUACAAUUACCUCCUCCUAGACCUUUACCUUCAAGUAAUAAUGAAAAUAAUUUUCCAUUUUAUUUUGUCGCCGAUGAAGCUUUCCUCCUCACUAAAUAUUUAAUGAGACCUUAUCCAAAACGAAGUUUGGAUAUUAAAAAAGGGGUGUUUAACUAUAGACUUUCUAGAGGCCGCAAAAGCGUCGAGUGUGCUUUUGGUAUGUUGGUAUCCAAGUUUCGUUUAUUUGAAGGGCCAAUUUGUUGUAAGAAAGAAACUAUAAAUAAUAUUAUAAAAGCUGCCUGUGUCCUACAUAAUUAUAUUCGUAUCAAACAAGGAAUAUUUUCUCAUCCUAAAAUAUUUGACACACAACAAGAAAAUCGACAAGUUUAGGCUCAACAAAAUCACGAGAG